AGUGUGUGCGUUUGUGUGUGUAUGUGUGUGAUUUUUGUGUUCAAGUGCUGCUGCCUGUGUGAGUGUGUUUGCGUCCCUGUUUCUUUCUGUACGUUUGGUGGUGUCUGCUUGUGUAUCUGCGCUUAUGUUUCUUAGUUUGUGUUUAUUGCUGUGAGGACACACACACUCCCUGGGUCUGCGUGGAAGGCUGUGUGUGUUCCUGCGGUCCAGCAGGUAUGUUGUGUUCUCUAGGCAUUAAGAACAGAACCCACUGAGGAUCUCACACCUACAGGUGAGGGGUGGUGGUGUGAGAGACUGGGACUGGAACUUGGAGCUGUGCUAAGGAAGUUCUGGUUCUAGAUACAGUGCUAGGGGCUGGGACUGGAACCUGGUGUCUGGUUGAGGCUGUAGUGAUGCAGCAGCGGAGUUCUUGUCUGUGGAGGUGGAGGGUCCUACUCUGGUCCACACUACUCCUCCUCAGUCCCCUCAGAGCCACAGAAGAUGGCGUGUCUUCAGAGGACGGGAGUGGUGACCCUGGUUUAGACCAAACUGUGAGAGGAGAAAAUUGGAACCCAUGUCUGGAGGGCCAGGAUGUGUUUUCCACGGUCAAAGAGAACAGCAUGAUAGGAGAACUCAUCGCUGAGCUCAACACUGAGCUGACAGCCAAUGAUGUUGUCUGGAGCCUAACUGGGGAGGACGCUGAUUGGUUCUUCCUAGAAAGGCGGAGCAUCAGACUCAAUGCCCCAUUGGAUAGAGUUCUGGACCGGGAGGUGCAGGGCCCAGUCCUGAUGGCAGCGUUGACCUGCUAUGAGGAGGACACCGUGCAGAGUGAGUACAGGAUCAUGGUGGAGAUUCUGAAUGAGAAUGAUAACACUCCUGAGUUUGUGGAGAGCACCAUACAGCCCCGCAGCAUCAGUGAGCUGGCUGAGGUGAAGACAGUGAUGUUUACAGUCCAGGCCACAGAUGCAGAUGGCGACACCAUAAUGUACUCCAUCGACCAGACCUCGCCUGAUGCUGCCUACUUCAGAGUGGAUCUCCCUAACAGUGGAGAGGUGAUACUGGCCAAGCCUCUGGACUACGAGACCAAAACACAACUGAAGAUCACCAUAUAUGCUUCGGAGAUGAAUACUGUGGAGAAGUUCAACACCAGUGCCAUCCUGACCGUGAAUAUCCUGGACGGAGAUGACCAGUACCCACAAUUCCUGCCGUGCACGCCCCCCUCUAACGACCAAUCGCAUCGUGUCUGCACCAACCCCGUCUACACGGUUAACAUCACAGAAGGCGAACAGGACGUUCUUCUGGACUUCUCUCCUGGGCCGAUCAAUGCUGUGGAUGGAGACAGAGGCCUCAGCUCACCUCUCAGCUAUAGCAUCCUGUCAGGGGCUGAUAAUGGGCGUUUUGUGAUGGAUGAGCUGACAGGGGAGGUGCGUCUGAUGAAAGAAGUAGAGAACAGACUACUGACACCCACACUACGCCUACGGGUCAUGGCGUACCAGAGGAAUGACCCUAGGAAGUACUCAGUUGCCACAGUGGUGGUCCGUGUUGUGGCUGUCAACCGCUUUCCUCCCCAGUUUGGUCGGGCCGAAUACCGGGGUUUUGUCACUGAAGGCAACAGCCCUGCCUCACUGGUCAACACUUACGGAAACACCGUGCUGCUGCUACAGAUACAGGACAGGGACUUCUCUGAUGGGAUUAAUCCCAAGAUGCACUACUCCCUAAGGUCCUCGUCCAAUCACACAGAGUUUUACCACAUCACACAGGAGGGGCUUCUGAUCGCCAGGACCAAUCAGCUACGGCCAUCACAGAAACACAGUCUGAAGGUAGUGGCUGUGGAUCUGGAGUCAGGUGACAUGGCCACGGCUCUCAUAAAGGUGGAGGUGCUGUAUGAAGGACAAAUAGUCCCUCAGGGCCCAUUGGGGGACGGGCGUCUCCAUGGUAGCUGUGCAGUAGGCAAGGCUAUGGGUGUGGUCAUCCUGGGGCUGACUCUGUUAGGCUGCGCUCUGUAUGCACUGCAGCAUGUCCUCAGGACAUACAAAGGACUGAAGGACCCAGAGGACAGGGGCUGUAUAGCACAGGGAAAACACCCCAAUGUGAGAUUACAAUGGUUCCAACUGGUGAGUCACAGUAGCCCCAUGCCAGUCCUUGAUGAGGUGAAGCUCAAAAAGGAGGGUCUAAGCACCUCCACCUCCAAGCUCCUGGGCGGUCAGAGCAUCUACACACCUGCAGACUCGGACCCUUCUCCAUUCAACGCUUUACCCAUAGCUACACCCUCAACAACCUACAUCCAGCCUAUACUAGCCAGCUCCACUCAUACAGACCCCAAUCAUGGCCCUGCGUCACACAACUCCACCCAUACACCUGCUACAACCAUCACACCUGAACUACUCAAGACAUCCACUCAACUCCUGGGCAACUCCAGCUCUAGUACCCCCACACACCCAUCACCUACACCUACCAUGGAUCAGACAGACUCACCUUUAGCUACACACCCUCCCCUGUUGCAGAUAGCAGGACAGGGUAGGGACACCCCACCUAAACCCACCCCAGGGCAAACACAUACCCCUGCACCCUGCCCAGAGCAGGUAGGACAACCAGGGUACCCUGAGGAGCGCAGACCCUCCACACACAGCCCUGAGACAGCCUCCAUCGGUGAUGAUGACUGCUUCCUGGGGGAUGAAGAGGCCAUCAGGACCAGUGAUGAUGAUGAGGAUGAAGAGCUGGUGAGACUCUAUUCUCACAUACAGCCCACAUUCCUGAUAACAGACUACGACAAUGACAUCACGACUGAGAUCCCUGCCAGUGGUGGAGAGGAGGAGGGGACUGGGACCAGCGAAGGAGUGGAGAGAGUGAGGGAUUGGAUGGAGGGAAACAAGGGAGGGGCCAGGAGAGACAGGGAUGAUAUGGAAGGAAAGGGGGGUAAUUUGGAGAGCGAAGGGGAGAGUUUGAAACAGGGGAGUCCAUCAUCUCAACCCUGUGAUACAGAGCAGGAAGUAUCAGUGGACCAAUCAAAGGAGUGA